AUGCAGCGAUUCAGGGAAGGCAUUCACAUACGUACGAUGAAGGCAAAGAGGAAAGUGGAGGAGAUCUCCAAAGAGGACGUCCAGGCUUUCCUCAAGAAGAACGCCUUUGUGCUCUUUACAGUCGCGGCAGUUGUCGUUGGUAUUGCUCUGGGAUUCGCACUCCGCCCAUUUAAGAUGACCUAUCGAGAGAUGAAGUACUUCUCUUUCCCUGGAGAGCUGUUGAUGAGGAUGCUUCAGAUGCUUGUUCUCCCCUUACUGGUCUCCAGUCUAAUAACAGGAAUGGCAGCUUUGGACAGCAAAGCCUCAGGAAAGAUGGGCAUGAGAGCCGUGAUCUACUACAUGACCACGACCUUUAUCGCAGUCUUCAUUGGCAUCUUAGUCGUCCUCAUCAUCCACCCGGGAAAAGGAUCGAAAGAGGAGUUUGGAAAGCAGCAGAAGAUCGAGCAAAUCAGUCCUGCUGAUGCCUUCUUAGAUCUGAUCAGAAAUAUGUUUCCCCCAAACUUGGUCCAAGCCUGCACACAGCAGUUCAAAACCAAAUAUGGAAAACGAAUAGUCCAUGUGACUGUGACGGUGAAUGACACCCUCUUCAACUCGACCAACGGCACCCAGGAGGUGAUGGACAUUACCCGGGAGGAAGUGAUCCCAGUGGCGGGUCAUGUGAACGGGGUCAACGCCCUCGGGCUGGUGGUCUUCUCCAUGUGCUUUGGUCUAAUAAUUGGCAACAUGAAGGAGCAGGGCCAGCUCCUGAGGGAUUUCUUCGACGGCCUCAAUGAAGCGAUCAUGCGCCUGGUUGCCAUCAUCAUGUGGUAUGCUCCCAUUGGCAUCCUGUUCCUGAUAGCAGGAAAGAUUGUGGAGAUGGAUGAUCUGACGCAGAUGGGCGGCCAGCUGGGCAUGUAUACCAUCACAGUUAUCAUCGGCUUAUCGAUCCACGGAGUUCUUAUUCUUCCCACUCUUUAUUUUGUUAUCACUCGGCAAAACCCCUUUAUCUUCAUCGCUGGGCUCCUGCAAGCUCUGGUAACAGCCCUGGGGACCUCCUCCAGUUCGGCCACGCUCCCUGUCACCUUUAAAUGUCUGGAGGAGAACAACAAAAUUGACAAGCGAAUCACACGUUUCGUGCUGCCUGUGGGCGCCACCAUCAAUAUGGACGGAACGGCUCUGUACGAGGCACUGGCAGCCAUCUUCAUUGCCCAGGUCAACAAUAUGGAGAUGAACUUUGGUCAGAUCAUCACCAUCAGUAUUACAGCAACUGCAGCCAGUAUCGGAGCCGCCGGCAUCCCUCAGGCAGGCCUGGUCACCAUGGUGAUUGUACUGACCUCUGUUGGACUUCCUACUGAUGACAUCACUCUCAUCAUUGCAGUUGAUUGGUUCCUGGACCGUCUGCGCACCACAACCAAUGUUUUGGGGGAUUCGAUCGGAGCCGGCAUCGUGGAGUUCCUGUCUCGACACGAGCUCCGCAGCAAAGACGUUGAGAUGGGAAACUCAGUGCUGGAGGAGAAGGAGAGGAAGAAACCCUACAAGCUCAUCUCUCAGGAUAGUGAUUUUGAAAAUGACAAACAUGCUCACAGUGAAUCAAACAUGUAGUUCAACCCACAUCUGUUAACCUGUUCUGUUCUGGGGGAGUAGGGACCUAAUUGUCAGAUGUUGUUGUCAACCAUUUUUUAGUCGUUAUUUCACACUUUUUGAUUUGUUAACAUUCGUUUAUUAUCAUGUCCUUGAAGUGAAUUUCUUACAUUCCUCUUUCAUCCAAAUUUACAGCGAUGGCAUCCCGUAGUAUAUGUCAUUUGUUUCAAAUAGGACUGUUUUGUUUACUACUUUAAUGAAUAUUUUAACUUCAUAUGACCCUCAUGUAGAGGUUGAGGUGAAAGUAGGUUUAGAUAUGUGCAGGAUGAAGGAUUUAAACAGAAAGCAGUGUUUUGCUUUUGAAGAUAUUAUGUGACGGAAUUAUAUAAUUGGACUUUUACCAUUUUGUCACCAGGACAUAACUCAACUUAAAUUAAACACGUAUCGAUAUUGUGCCAACAUUAGCCGGUUAAUAUUGUGGUUAUUACAAGUUUUUUUUUAUGUUUCAGUGGUACAAGCUCACAGAUUCUUUCUCACACACUUAGAAUUGCAAAUGCAUGUAUUGACUGUGUGUGACCUUUUUCUUACCAACGUUGCUCAUUUAUUGUAGAUAUGAGACAAGUGAAUAUGUUUGGGUGAUUAAUGCAUGUUAAAGCCUCUGAUUUCAAUAUGAAUCUGUGAAACAGAUAUUCAAGUCUUGACUGAAAUUCAACAACUUUUCAUGAAAACAGUUGUCUUAGUUUUUGUUUAUUAUAACUUCAGUGAAAUAAACAGAAAAAAGCCUU